AUGAUAGUGACACAAAUUUUGACAGAUGAUGAGGAUAACAAUAAUACUAACGAUGAUAGUGUACUUGAUUUAAGUUUUAAAAAGAAAUCUUCAAUAAAUAAUGAAAUUAUUCUUAAACAAAAUCAAAAUUUAUCAAGUUUACUAUCACCACCAUCAUCAACAUCAUCAUCAUCAUUUAUGAUAUCACCUAAACAAAAUCAUACAACAAAUAAACGUAUAUUAGAAAUACCAAAUGUAAAAAAAUCUAAACAAACAGGAACAAUACCAUCAAAUAAACGACCACUUCGUUUUCAAUGUAAACAUUGUGAUUAUAAAGCACCAUCAACAUCACUUAUGCAAAAUCAUAUUUAUCGUCAUACAGAUUUAACACCAUAUGCAUGUGCAUAUUGUGGUCAUAAAUCGACAACAAAAUCAACAAUUAUGGUACAUAUUGAACUUUGUCAUCCAAAUAUGGAAGUUAAAAUCAAUGAAAAUCGUGUACGUGAACAAGAUUUUUAUCGUGAUUUAAAUAGUUCAGAAAUAACAUCUUUAUCAAAUCCAAAUACUUCAACAACAACAACAACAACAACAACAACAACACCAACAACAAUAACAAAUGAUGGACCACAAAUAAAGAAACCACGUCGAUCAAAUCAAUAUGAUAGUGAAUCUGAACCAAUAAAUGGUGUUGCUAUAUCAUUAAAAACAAUAGGUGAAGAUGAAAAUGAAUCAUCACAUGCAAGUGAUGAUACAAGUGAAACAGAAAAUCUUGAACCAAUUUUAUUUGAUGAUGAUGAACAACAACAAACAGAUACAAAUAUUUAUGAUGCAUCACCAACAAUGGCUAAACCAUCACUUAAAUUAAAAUUUUCAUCACAACAAAUACCUAUUAUUGAAUCAUCAACAACAACUACAAAAGAAUCAGAUUGUGAUGAUGAUUCAGAAUAUCUUCUUGUUUAUAAUCGUCCUAAACAGUAUUAUGGUUCAUUAUAUGAACCAGAUAAACAGUAUGCAUGUAAAUUGUGUUCAUAUACGACAAAUCAUCGACCAAGCAUGGAAGAUCACGUAUUUGUACACACAGAUGAGAAGCCAUAUAAAUGUGGUUAUUGUGGUGAAGAAAUUUUUACACGUUAUGCAGCAACUUAUCAUAUAAAAUAUAAACAUGCUGGUAUGGCACGUAAUUUUAUUCAGAAUAAAGCAGAUGUAACACAAUAUUAUGUUAAUCGAGCAAAAAGAGAUGAUGAAAAAAAUCAAUUCAAAGUCAUUGAUACACGUCGUGUCAAAGUUCCAACACGUAAUGGAAAAUCAGUAAACAAUCAAAACACUAAAAUUGAAUCACCAAUUGAACGUCCUAUUCAACAUGUAUCUUCACCUAGUCCAUCAAAUGUUGUAUCUUCAACACCUCCACAAACAUCAACAUCAUCUUCAAAUAAUUCACAAAUACCAACAGCUCCACCAGAUUAUCGUUUUUUAUUGGCAUGGUCUUAUUAUUUAGCAUCACAAGCUGCUUGGCUUUCACCUAUGUUACAACAACAAGGUCAAAUUCCACCUUCUUUAACUACUGAUCCUGAAGCAACUGCAAAAUUUUUACAACAAGCUAUGCAAACCGUUAUGGAACCUUUGAUAACAGCACAAACAUCGAACAAUAAUAAUAAUACAAAUGAAGAUGACAAUAAUGAUGAACAAACUGAAAAUGAACUUGAAUCAGAAAAUUUAGUUAUUGUUAAAGACGAAACAAACGAAUAUUAG